GAAGGUUCCGUAGCUCCGCCCCGCGGCGGAUUUAUUCCUGCUGCUGUUGUGGUUCGUUCGACCCGGUUGAUUCGAAUGAGCGACAUCGGCUGUUGACGAUGAGUAGGGAGAACAACAACAACAAGAAUAAGAAUAAGAGGUCGUAGCAGUAUUAACAGACUGUUACAGGAGCCAUGGCAUGUUAGCGUGUCUUACCGUGAUUCGCUCAUGUCCCGUUAUUUCACUCUCGACUGCUGCUUCCUUCUGUAGUACUGACUAGUGAGUAGUUUUGCUAGAACAUGAAACUUCGAUCGAGGAGCACUGGCGUGGCGGUGGCGGUGGGGACUCCGCGCAAAAAAUGCCAGCUUUCCAGAAGAGCCCCGGCGGCUCGCCGUGGGCGAACGAAGGUUGCUACCCAAGAGAACCCUGCAGAAUGCUCCGAUGAGGAGGACGUGCCAGUGGUCAGAAGGUCUUCCAUCAUGAAAGCAAGGGCCAGACGAAAGCCUUGGCCAUCAGACAACAGCAAAGGUGCGACAUUUCAUCAAGAGGAAGCAAUGAACCCAGACCAGUGUUUCUUUGGUUAUAGUACAUUUAGCCCUGUGAAUAAAAUGGAAGACGAUAACCGAGUGUUUAACCCUUACACUUUCAUCAAAAACAUUCCAUCACAGUCUCUGCUGUCAAAGCCUUGUGUGCGGGAAAUCCCACUGAAGACAAGGAGCACCCCUGAAGCCACACUUGUCUUAGAUCUGGAGGAGACGCUUGUGUACAGUUCUCUUAGCAUGAUUGCAAAGGCCAGCUACACUUUUGACAUACAUUUUCAGGAUUGUGAAUACAAAGUCUACCUGAUUCUAAGGCCAUAUGUCAAAGAAUUUUUGAACAGAAUGUCAAAACACUUUGAGAUCUUUGUGUAUACUUCUGCUAAGAAAGAAUAUGCAGAAAAAAUCUUGGAGAUACUGGACUCUGAAAAAAAGUCCUUUAGACAUCGUUUGUACCGUGAGGACUGUUUUUGUGUUCUUGGCCACUAUGUAAAGGACCUGGGUGUACUGGAAAGGGACCUGGCGAAGACAGUGGUUUUAGGCACCGCACCCCACACUUUCCCGUACCAUGUAAUGAACAUGAUUCCUAUUAAGAGCUGGACAGGAGACAAGGAGGACAAAGAGCUGCAGAAGCUGGUUCCAUACCUUGAAAAACUGUCCGAAGCUGCUGAUUUUCGACAUGUGUUGAAGAGAAGGACAGACCAUUUGCACAGGCUGCUCUCUGAAGACUGAGAGUUGGCCUCGAUUAAUGACGCUUUCCUCCUCUGCUUGUUUACAUCACCUCGCAACCUUGUUCAAUAAUGCACUUCUCUCAUACUGUAAUACUCACUGAACGAUGGUAUGGAGAGUAAGAUCUGGUUCGAAACAAUGUUUUUCAUGGGAGUAUAUUGUAGGGGCUGCCCUAGGGAACCGUGUAUGUUGUAGAAAAUAUUCAUAAUAUUUUUAAAUAGUCUGAUAGACUUGGUGAUCUAAUGUUGACUUCCUUUAUGAAAAUAGAAGUUGACUUUGUUGGAGAAAUGUAUUUUUAUUUACAAAAGAGUAGAACUUGAUUUAAAAGAUGCAGCAUUUCAGCAGAACUUCUUGAAACGUGUUAAAAUAGUGCAAAGGCAGUAAGUAUCAUGUUUUAAUACGGAUGAACAUUUAAAGUAUUUAUACAUUUCUUUUUCAAAGAAUUCUGUACUGUUAAGAAAAUUGUUUUACUUUACAUGUAAACACACGGUCUUAUCAGAUAUUUUUGCAUCUGUGUCUGUAUAUUGUUUAAGUUUUUUUUGUAAAUUAUCUGUUGUGAAUAAAUUAAUUCUAAGUAUUAAUUUGACUUGAAUGGCAUGGAACUAGAACUCAUGAACUGUUAUUAUGAAUGACUUACUGAUGAUAGUUUUGUUUGCCUCCUCCACCCCUCCAUUAUGUGUUCUGUGCUCUCUUUGUAUGUUUCAUAGUUAUUACUCUUGCGAGAAUUCAGUAAUGUAAUGAAGUAAUACAAUGUUCAAAAGAUUUUGUAUGUCUUGAGUACAUGUUUCAAGUGCUUAAACAGUAUUACUGUUUGAAAAAGUGUGUAACAUUUUACAGAUUGCAUGAGGGUUGCACUACAAAGAUGUUAUAAACAUGCGUUUUGGGCAAGGAAUUGUAAUCUACCUUUUAAAACAAUUUAAUGAAACUAUCAUUUAGAAAAUGCAAAUGAGAUUAUGGAAUAUUUAAUGGACGAUGCCAUUCUGUUUGGAAAUCCUUCUCUUGGGUUUCUUUUUUAAACUGCACUGCACCAGUGACUGAAAAUCACAGAGAAUGUGUCUAUUCUUAAGUGACCUAGAUGUCUGUUGUUCAGGUGUACCUCUGUAGGAAUUCUAAAAUAGUUUGCCCUUUGAGUUAGUUGUGGGGGUAGACUGAUUGAAGUGCUUUCAAACCUUCCAUCAAAUUCCAGCAGAUC